UGAACACAGCAAAACGUUGGCUGUAUUUUGCGCAUGCGCACUACAGAUCUCCCAAGACCCCUCACAAGGUCAUCCACACGUGUAUGUGCCGGUGAUCCAUUUCUGCUGCGACAAUCCUUCAGACUAGGAUUUGCUACCCUUGUAUCCGAAAUCAUAUUAACACGACACAUUCAUAAUAUUAGCUGCGUAAAGCUGUCUGAAAUGGCCAGAGGAAGUCGCAGUCGUCCGUCGCCUUCACCAGCAAGCCACCCUGCACACUCCUAUGCUCCUGCUCCAGCCCCCCCUCCUCCUCCCGCCGCCCUGGCCCCCGUGGCGGCCCAGCCCAAGCAGCCGGGCCUCAUGGCCCAGAUGGCCACCACGGCCGCUGGGGUGGCGGUGGGCUCGGCGGUCGGGCACGUGGUCGGCCACGCCAUCACGGGAUCCUUCAGCGGGGGUGGCAGCUCCAGCAGCAGCGCCUCGGAGCCCCCCAAACCCGCUGCCUACCAGGAGCCCCCCCGUUCAGCCCCCCCUCCCCCACCAGGUCCCUGCCACUUUGAGGUGAGGCAGUUCCUGGACUGUGCCACGACCCAGAGUGACCUCACUCUGUGUGAGGGCUUCAAUGAAGCACUGAAGCAGUGCAAGUACUCACACGGUGUGACAUCAUUGGUUUAAUAGAAUGGGCGAUGAUGGAAAACAAGACAAAACACUCAAAUGACAUUAAACUGCUCUCACAAUGAGCUCUUGGACAUUAAGAACUCAUCUGCUCUGCUGUAACGACUGGUGUCGACAUGAAAUGCAUGGGAUUUCUAGCGCUGUCAUGUAUAUUAGGUUGUAAAAUAAAAGUACUUUUUAAAUGUG